CCGUCGUCACCGCCAGGCUCCAGCUUCCACCGCGACGCGAGCCGCCCGUGAGAGAAUCCGCCGCCGCCGCCGCCUUCCCUUUUGCUGCCGGCUGCCGCGGCUUCCAAACUCUUCUUCUUACUUGCCUCCACCAUUCCAUCGUCUAUCUAUCUAUCUAGCGCGAGAUGCACGCGGUGCGAGCCCUUGUGCUGCAGCACCUGCGGCUCCGCGCGCCGCCCUCCGUCGCUGCCCGUGGAGGCGGCCCGGGGCCGGCGGCGGUGGCGCGGUGCUGGUUCGCGCGGGGGAUGAGCGCGCCGGCGGACGGCGGCGGAGACGGCGGCUCCGGCUUCGAGAGCGCCGUCAGGGCGCGCGUCGUCGAGCUGGUCAGGAAGUUCGACAAGAUCGACGCCGACAAGGUGACUGAGACGGCAGAUUUCCAAAAGGACCUGAGCUUGGACAGCUUAGAUCGGGUGGAGCUUGUUAUGGCUUUUGAGCAAGAGUUCUCCAUCGAGAUCCCAGAUGACAAGGCUGAUAAGCUUACCUGCUGUGCAGAUGUUGCAAAAUAUAUCAUAUCGGAAUCCCAAUCCAGUAAUAAAGUUGCUGGUAGCUCCUGAGGUGCAAACGAAAGCGGUUGCAAAGCCCUUUUUUCUUGUUAAAUGGACGAAUUUAUGCUGUCUCAUUUUAAUUGUUUUGCCAGUAUGAAAAAAAAUGCUAUUCCGAUUUCUCAUAUGGUUAUGUUUUGUGAGAAUCGUUUAGCCAGGUCGCGUUUGUUACCCGGGAAGGUUUUUUUUGUGCUGAUCACGUUUGAAACAUUUUGCUAAUCAGAAUACUGAAAUCAAUCAAUUUAAGUUAAUGUUUUCUGUUCUAUUAAGAAUGGAAAAGAAAUGAAGCAUUCCUACUGCAGUGAGCACUUUGGCUUCUUCUGUCUGCCAUUUAGAAUCUUUCCGAUUUGUGAUAUUGUCAGCCUUCAACUGGAUGGCAUGAGAGGUGGUGCCAUAUGGCUGGACCACGUCACCGCAACCUGUGAACCUUGGCCUGUGCUUUGGAAGAGAAUGAGCCAGGAUAGCACCCGCCUUAUCCUGUCCUCUUGGACGCCGUCACAUGCACGACUACAUCAUGUGAUGCUCGCGGGGUAGGAAAGUUCUUUUCUCUUCCACACCAGCCCAGCCAUGGCCAAGGUAGCUCCCUCCCUCCUCGCCGUCGGCAGCGGCGCUGCCUUCACUGCCCAGCCAUCGCCCAGGAAAGGUGCCAGUUUGUUCCGUGAUCGCGUCAUCAGCAGGCGUGCCAGGAUAUCAGCUAAGCUUGCACCUAGGUGGAGAUGGGGAGCUGAAGCCUCCAGGCAAGAAGAAGUUCAUCACCAGGGAUGAGGAGCCUGAACAGUACUGGCAGACUGCAGGGGAGAGGGAGGGUGAGAACCCCAUGAAGACGCCCCUGCCCUACAUCAUCAUCUUCGGCAUGUCCACCCCCUUCGUCAUCCUCGCCAUCGCCUUUGCCAAUGGCUGGAUCAAGGUCCCUGUACGAUGAAACCAUGUCAUCGCGAUCAAAUUUUCGAAGCUUCCAGCAAAACACCUUAGCACUUCCUGCAUCCUCUCCAGUGAGAGCCCUGCAAGUUUUUACCUUCAUAGAGAUGAAGAGUCAAUGCUUUGUAAUCUUCCGUUCUUCACACAAGAUGAGGUUUGUACCAUCAGCAGUUGACAGGAACAGUCACAUGUCCAACUAUGUCUUGGUUUCCGGUAGACCUCAACUGAUUCUGCUAUACAAAUAGCAUAUACUGUAUCUAAAAUAAGCUAAUGUUCAGUC